GUGUCACAUCAUGGCUGUCGGAGAGAAAGCCUCUCAUAUACUAGAGGAUAUGUUGGCAGUUUCGUAAGAAUUUCCUUAGCUUUCUCUGCCGAGGAUUGAUCCUGGAAUCAUGAACGAUGAAGAAGACUUACCCAGUGAGAUAGACACCAUCAGAGAUCUGUGUGGCUUGCAAACAAGAGACGUAACUUCGCGGCUUGAAUUCCUUGAAUUGCUAGGAAAAACACUAAAAGCGUGGACAAACAGACAUCAAGAAAAUGGGGAAAAUGGGUUUGAAAACUUUUCUUCGAGUGUUUUGCCUUGUAUUUUGAGACUGUCAUUUAGAAGUCCCUUUUCGGAUAUCAGGGAGCGUUGUACAGAGUUGCUCCUCGCCGUGAAGGUAAGGAACAUGUGAAGUAUCGGAUCUAGCCAUUUGUGUCAUGUUUACCACUUCGUUUGAAGAAAUGGCCGCUCAGCUUUUGUUAUUUUUUUCUCUAGGAAAAAGGUAUUAAGGUUCCUCGAGCGAUUCACAAGGGGCCUUCGAUGUUUAUUCCGUCGAAAAAGGUAUUUAUUCAUCGCUGUUUUUAGAGUAAUCGUAGUUCGCCCGCUAAAAAUCUCCUGUAUUGGUUCAAAAGGUCAAACUCAAGUUGCAUCAUCCCAGUGCCAGCCGAACCGGUAUUUGUAAACCUUGCCUUUUUGGUCUUAACGAACGGUAAUAGAGAACUAACCCAAUCCUCUUCGACCUCUGCAAAGAAUUUUCAGCAUAUUCUGUUCAAAGUACUUUACUUAUUAAUUUGAGAUUUGUACUCUGCCGAAUGGAUUUAUCUAUUGUACCUAUUCUCUAUCUCUAUAGUAUCUUCUACUUUCCAUAUUUCAUGCCUUUUUAUCUCAUGGACACCCUUUCGUGCCGCGAGAAUAUUAGCACAAAGCGAAAACGGACUAAUCUCAUUUCUUUUCAUUACGAAAAGAAUACUGUACCUCAGGUAGACUGAAGCAUUUGAUCUCAAAUGCUGUGCAGUGAAAGCGAAUUUGCUGCUGGCAAAUGAUGUUUCUGCAAAUCUUCGUAUUUCGGUCCACCGGCUUAAAUAUUUAUUGAUCUAAAGUUUAGGUUCUAAGGUCCAUGAGAUAUGUUUUUAAGUCUCAACAGCAAUUAAAAUUUAUCAUUUACGCAUAUUGUGCGUCACUAGUCUGAAUUGUUUUAUUUGUAAUUCGGUCUGGUGAUUCGACAUUGUUAAUUCCAUCUGAUUGUCUGCUUGAGGGCGUAGAUAUAGAUAUUUCAAAAUUAUUAUUGGGACCUUUAUGUUACCUUGGAAUCUCCCACAGGUAGAAAUUUUUAUCCAGCAAUAGAUUGUUAGUUAUUUUAAGGCUUAUGUGUGGAGAAUCGUGUAGUUAGACCCUGCAUGCCUAGGGACUAAUAUUAUAUGCUUCUGCUAAUACUGAUUGUGUAACUCUAGAGUGGAUUGAGGUACAUUGUGUGUAUUACAUUUCUCAUAUCGUUUAGUUACUGUUGAAACAUUAACAAUACAAGCUUUCUGUCUCAAUUUAUGUAUAAAGCAAAAUCCUUCUUCAUUGAGAUCACGGUAAUAAACCUCACCAGUGAACAAUGAAAAUGAAUAAAUAGGGUUUUCCCCAUGAAAAAACUGAUGUGAGCAGCAAAAGGGAAGGAAAGAAGCAUGUGGUUUUGUGUUCAUUCUAAACACUCCAGGCUAAAUUUACAACAGGAUAUUGCUUUCUUCAAUAUAACACUGACUAGUCUAGGAGUCAGUUGUCAUAGAGCUGGACUAAAUUUGAAUAUUUUCCUCUCUGAGGCAAUGUAUCAUAUUUGCAUGCGUAAAUUGGACUGUAUGUGAUGAUUGCAUGGGACAAGCAUAAAAUUGAAACAAAACCAGACAAUGUUGGAGUGAUGAAGCUCAAAUCUUGGAAAGAUUUGGAUCAAAAUCUUUUCAAUGACAAACUGAUUGUCAUCUCAGGAAACCCUCCAGAAAAAAAGGCUAAUUCCAGUUUUAAGGCAAUGUUUUGUCUUCUUUGUUUUUUUUUUGUAAGUGAAGUAAGUUGAGAUGACAAUUUUAAUGAUAUGAAAACAUUUUGUGAUAAGUUAACCUCAAAACAAAUUCACCAAGAUAUUACAGUAACUUAUUGUUUCAAUUAUUGGAAAGAAAAAUCCUAAUGGAGGGAAAGGCAAAGAGGACACAAAAUAUUUUGUAUUUAGCGUAAUGAAACAUUGGUGAAGAGAAUUAAGAGUAGAGUAGGUGGGAGGACCUCACUUUCAAACCAUCAUUCCCUAAUGCUAAACUAUGGCUUCACCCAGUUGGUUUGAUCCAGAUAACUAACUGUGAGCAGCAGCAUUGUGGAAUAGAAUUAAAAAGUGUUGCUUGUGGUUAAUUUAUAUUGCCAUGUGUGUUUGCUCACAUGUUGUUCACUUUCAAAUUCCCUUCCUACGUUACCACAAAAUCUAGCUCAUGAGCUUAUUCUCUUUUCAUUUGUGUUCCAAAGCUCUCUGCAUUGCUUUUUGCCUUGUUAACCCAAAACUGUUAGAUGGUUCUAUAUUUUGCUAAAUGAAGUUAGUCAGUCAGGGUCAUUACAAAAAAAGCCUUUGUUCCUACAAAUACUACUGAAAGGCAAAUACAGUUUUGCAUCAGAAACAUCACAUUUUGACAUCUCUCUUAACCCUGUGACCAACUUGUCACAGUGAGUAAAUAUGUGUUAUCAAAAGACAGUGCACCACCUACUCUUUCCGUGCCCUUGGUUUGCUUCUUUCAUCUGCCAAUCCCAAUUUUAAAUCUUUAAGCAUUGUUUGAAGGUACAUAAUUUAAUUCAGUCUAUAAUUUACAGCUCCAUGUAUGCCUUACACAUAAACAGAAACAUUUAGAAAGGCAAGACAGUGUAAUUAGUAUGCUUAAUCUAAAUUUUCGCAAAUAAUAGACAUGUGUGAAUUUGAUUUUAAUGAUUUCUUCAAACAUUUGAAAUGCAAAAAGUAUAAAAAGUUUCUUUUAAUUUGUCAAUGGAAUGCCUUGCCUAUCAUAGUGUAAUAGCUGAAUUUUUGUCAUACAUUUUGUUGAGAAAAUACAUUUGCAAUUUCUUCUCCUCUUGAGGUUGCAAAACAUCCUGAAGAAUGGAAGUAUAGAUAAACUGAUAAACCUUCCUAAGUGGUUUUGCAAAAAUUAAAACAUGUUCUUCUACACAUUCAAUAUUUGAGUUUUUACUUAGUGCUUGCAAUGGCAUCACUACAAUUUCUACUAUUAUAUUGGUACAAUUUGCCUUGAAAUGAGCAAAGUUGCUGUUGCUGAAAAGUAAGAAGGAGGAGCAUUGCUUCAAGUUUUGCAGUCAAUUUUCUUGCCUUUUCUGCAAUAUCUUUAAUCGAAGAUAGACAGAGCUAGCAGCAAAGUCUUGCAAAUUUACCAGCUGAGUUUGCAGGCAACUACAUCCUACACACAUUCGUUUGAAGUCUUUGAUCCUCAAAAUAAACAUUCAAGGCAGUUAAAUUUGUUUGAUAUUGCAAUAAUUACUGGGAAGUCUGAGACAUCAAUCAACUUAGAUGCUGAAGAACAUGCUACAAAAACAAAUGUUAGAAUAAAAAGAAACAACAAGCUAACAGAGAAAAACCAAAAAAGAUGAAAAUCAUAAUUAGCCAGCACCUGCACAUUUUGAUUAUCCCUGCUCUCGAUUAAUAUUGCUGUGGUGAUGAGUUAAAUAUCAGAAAUCUCAGAGCUAUGAACCCUAUAUAAAACCCUGUAUAUGCAAUACUUUGCAUCAAUCACUUAUUAUUUUGUAGUACUAAACAUAUGCAUCCUUGAACAGGUUCCUUCUAUGGACACUGAUGAUGAGCAGGUGCUUAGCUUGCUUGUGGAAUCCUUCCUGUUAAGUGGACGUGUCACAAAUGUCACUUCUCUGAUUGCACUUCACCCUCAGUACCUGGAAUGCUUCCUUAAGACUGAGUUUUCUAUGUUUAAAGGGGAAGGUCCCCUACCUUUUAUCUGGAGAUGUUACAUUGCUAUCAUGGUUAGUGCAGUAGUUGUUUUUCAUAGUGCAACCCUACCUAGCUUUUCAUUCCCAUAAUUAUUAAUUAAAUGGUAUAGUUAUUCUCUUUAGUAGUUACAUUGCAAUUUACAUUUGGUAAAAUAUCUAAAUAACAACCUCCAACAGAUAGGUUGGUCUGAUCUGACCACCUCUUUGGUGGAUAGUGUUUUGUCAGUGGGGGAGAUUUCAUUCCAGUUAUCUCCCAGUGGGAGUAACAUGUUGAGCAUGAGGAGAAAUGGAAAAGGACUGAACAAUUUUUUGUGCUUUGAAAAGGAGUUUAUGUUUUAUGGGAGUCCUGUUCCAUAUGUGAAUGGCACAUUUCAUUUUUACUGGCAUUAAGAAUAGUGAGGUCUUCAAGCUGCAACCAUCUUGGUCACCAUGGCAAGUAAUUCAAACUAUAAAGGCUGAAUUUGCAGCCUGUUCACAGCAGUCAUGCAGAACCCUGUAAUAUUUUUAUUUCUUAGUAGUUAUAGUCUAAAGGAUUUAAGUGAGAUUAUAAUUUUUACAAAAUAUUAAGGAAUAUAUCAGGGUACAAAAUACACUUUUCAUCUAUUUUUGAAAUGAAUUGUUGUUAAUUGGUUUCAUUUUUUAGGGUGCAAGCAGGCAUCGCUGUUGCUUCUUGGUAUGUAUUACAACUCCUAUAACAAAAGUUAAUUUUUCCCAUCUGCAGUUAGUGUGUUUAACUAUUUCCAAACAGUCAGACUACCUUCAAGAACUCCCUGUGUCAAAUUGAGUUAUAUAAACUAACUAAAGGUUAUUUAAUCUGUUAUUUUAAAGACAGGGCAAUUAUUUUGACAUUGACAAUUGAGACAUUGAUACAGUAACUGUGCUAUCAUUCUGGGACAACUUGCCAUUUAUUGUACUCUUAGUUGUAAUUGGCAUUUUCAUUGUCCUUUUUUAGGUACGAUUGUAUGAGAUAGAGUUUCUGAAACAACAAGGAGAGAAGGAAUGGCUUCAAGGCCUGAACUACAUUCCAGCCAAACUAAGAGCUCUCUGUGAGAUCAACAAGAUCUUAGCACACCAGCCAUGGCUACUGAAAGCCAGUCACAUUGAGGUAGGUGUCAAAAUUGGGUUGGAGUCUAAGAAGUACAUGUAAAUAUAAAAUGUGGUAAAGUAAACUGCAACAUUGAGGCAUUAAAGGGAACAUGAAACUUGAUGACUGCAUGUGCAUGUAUCUUACUGGUUUUUGACCAGAAGACAGCAGGGCUUCAGAUUACUGUUUUUCAUUGGAUUAUGUCUGGCUAAAUUGGCAAGUGUCCAACAAGGUCAGACACAAUGUCUGGACAAAAUUUUCUCCUUAUUACAAUAAUAAAAGAAAUGACAAAUCUGGUUUCCUCUAAAUGAUGAUUUUGUCUAAACAAGGAUAUAUUUAUGAGUAAACAGUAAUAAUGAAAACCUGUACAACUAAGAUGGUGACUUUUUAAGACUUGCUACUUCAAGAAAGAAAAGUUGUUUUCAGCCAAACAUUGACUGUGAUCCCAUUUACUUGUGUGCUGCAACAUUGCAUUCAGCCUUGGAACAUUGACUGUGAUCGUGUUUUAACUGUCAUAGUGUCAUGAAAUAUUUUAAUGUCGUGUUUCAGAACCUUCUCAAAGGACAAGACAAUUGGUCACUUUCAGAACUUGUCCAGGCCAUUGUAAUCCUUGUUCAUACCCACAGUCUGUGUAGCUUUGUAUAUGGCUGUGGAAUAAGACCAGAAAUAGACUUUGACAGAGGGCACACGUAUAAAACACAAUCACUCUCUGAGUUUAACAAAGCAAUAAUUGAAGGAGAUAACCUUCCUGUUAAUGGUGUGGACAAUCAAUCAAGCAUGAAUAACCUGGUGGAGAAAAUGAAGGAGGCAGAAGCCAAACAGGAUACACUUCUGGAGACCACACAGGAGGAACUGUUUCAACAGUUUGAAAAAGUAGAAAGUGGAGAAGGUAGGAGAAGGUGUUUUGUGUGAAAGCUGUUGUUACAUGUUGUUAUAAAUGAAGUUAAGCCUUUUCAUGGUUUAACCAGCUUAUGGAUAGUCUUGGUUCUGGUUAUUUUUAAUGUGCCUCUGCUUUUACUUUACACAUACCCUAUUCUCUCAUUUGCCACUAAUCUGGAACAAACAAAAGUACUCAAGCACAGCCAAAAUUGUCAGUCAUUAAAUUUUUACCAAUGAAUAUAAGUGUGCGUAGGUUAUGUCACUUGAAUUUCCUCUUGCCUUGAUUGCACUUAGCUUGGAAUACUUUUCGUAAGUCUGUGGCUACUUUCAUUAGCAGUUUUUAUAUCAUUUCUUAGGCAAUGUGAGCCAAGAUAAGUCUUGUAUAGCUUAGCUUACACCUAGCUCAAGAGAUUUUCCUUUGCUAGAAGUUGUUGUUUGUUACACUAGCUUCUCUUUUACAUUUCUAGUUUCCACUAGUAAAGACAAAGUUUCAGUUGCCAAUGAAGCACCUCAGCCAGGUAUAGCAAGGUACCUAACAGACGCCUCAUUUUGUUACUAUGAUUUUGCAAGCAGAGAAGAAAGUGACAUAUCAACCUUCCGAGUGCAAGAUUACUCGUGGGAAGAGCAUGGCUUUUCGCUUAUCAACAGACUCUACCCUGACAUGGGUCAGAUGUUGGAUGAUAAAUUUAGCUGUGCAUUCAACCUGACGUAUAACACGUAAGCAAUGUUUAUCCAUUGUCAGAAGUAGUAGUCAGUAAUUGGUGGUCUCACCCCACUGUACAACUUUCAAACCAGAUUUUUAUUUUAUGAGAUCUGAGUGUCAGUGUUAAGAUAAAGUCCAUGUUUAAGUUGAAUGAAAUCUGAGAUAUUGGAGAGGCGCAUCAUAACUUUUAUGGCAAAUGGAAAAAAUUUGCAUGUUGCAAUCUGCUUCUAGUGAUUAUGGGAUGAAACAAAAAUACCUGCACAGGCCAUAAACAAGAGAUGAUUUUUCUACAGGGUUGAUCUAGAGACAAGAGGAAAAAUGAGUAACAUUAGAGUUUACUUUUGGCCUUUGUCUUUGACAAGAAUGCAUUGCUUAAAUUGACCACUGAGCAAGUAUUUGCAAGAACAAGCACUCAUUUGUUAAUGAAAAAUUCACCAAAAGAAAUUUGCACAAAAGCUGCAUAGUCAUAUUUAACAGCAACACUUUUUCAGAAUUUAUAAUUAUUUUAUAAAACACUAUGCAUAGGUGAACAUCAUUUUGUUAUGAUCUCAGGUUGGGUAAAGUGGAAAAUGUGGACACAUCAACUUUUCGCACAGCUACUUGGAACUAUAUUCAUUUGGUUUUUGGCAUAUAUCAUGAUGAUUACCUAUACACUGAGGUAAAUUUUCACUUUCACAAUCCACAUAGAAAAAAAUAAAAAAGCAGGUGCAUGUUUCAUGCUAGAAGAGAUGUAUUGUACUAGUUUGCUGUGAGAUAUGGUAAUGUAUAUGUGAAUCUGAGACUUGAAAUUUAGGUAAUGGAAAGUAAUAGUCAUUUUAAAAAUAAUGCAGUUUCAAGAAGCUGUUUUUUUAUCUUGUAGGUUAACAAGCUGUUGGAAAGACCAUUUAAAAAGUACAUUAAAGUGGUUAGUGGAUGUUAUCUUUCAAUUGUCAUUUUCCAAAUUUCCUUUGAACCCUUUGCCUCCAAACAACAGUAUGCAUUCUGUCUAUAUUGUUCUCUAUACAUUUCUUAAGUUGCUGACAAGGAGACUUUGUUUAACAGUCAAGAGCUUCUUAAGUUGGUGAUCAUUUCCUUUAUUCUCUGGACCUUAAUGUGUGAUUCAGGGGUGAUAGUGCAAGGAGGAAGUAGAUGCUUGUCACCUUUAAGGGGUCAGAGGGUCAAUAGACUGUAGACAACUGAGUUUUUGAAAAAAUUUAUGUAUGAAUUGCAUUACUUAUAUUUAACUAUGAAUAGAACUUAGCAGUCAAAGAGGGUAAUGACCUUGAUAUUUCUUGUAGGUUGCUUGCCGUCCCGAAAAAGUUACCCUGGAUGACUACAUGGGAUUUAUGCCAGACCUUGACCAUUCAGAGAAGGUAUGAUCUGUCCAAUCCUGCAUAGGAAAAAAAAAAGAGAAAGCAAACAAACUAACAAUUGAAAUCAAAAUCCAGAUACUGUAUCUAUGACCGUUCUCUCUGUGUUGGUAAGGCUGUGGCCUUACAGUUAUUGAGGUGGGACUUAGUGGAACUAAAUGUGAAUAUUGAUUGGGUAAUUGUGGAAUGCCUGUGGCGAUUAUUUAAAGAACGUUGCCUCGUCUCCUGGGGUUACUGUUCAUCUGAGAAGUUAUUUUAUUUCCUAUUUCUUCGCAUCUCAGCAUGGCACAUCAGUAACUUUAAUAAAUCUUCAUUUCACUGUUAGGUUCAUAUCAACCUUUUACUGUUGGAGUCUCGCCUUCAGGCUGAACUUCUGUACGCAUUAAGAGCAAUAAUGAAGUAUAUGACGUGAUGUACCACGUGACGAUAUUUGACGCGAUGUACCACGUGAUGUAUAGAGUUAGAAUCGUUAAACUAGUAUUGAAUAGAGGAGAAUCCCUUGUUGGUUAAUCCUGAUUAUAUUUAUUAUCUUAUGUUGACAGCUUUCUUAAGAGUACAAAUUGUUGUUGUCGUUUUUAAAUUUUUGGAGUGAUUUGGAAAUUUAUCUCUCUCGUUUCCCAGUAUUCUAAAUCAUUUUGGCUGUCUCUUUUAAAUGAAAAUGUCUUGAGAAUAUUUUUAUUUGAAUGAGGAAAACAAAUAUUACAAUGCUUCAAGUUUGAGAAACUUUUGCAUUUCGAUAUUGUUUUGUUUUUGUUAUCCUUAAGAAAGCAAGUAUUGUAACAUUUCCAAGUCUGCGCUCGACAACAAGAAAUUGUGUCUUAUUCUAAGAAGGUAAUUAGAAAUAUCUUUGCUGGCUUCUUCCAUUUUAGUUGUUUGUUGAGUGGGUAACUUAGAUCUGAAAUGCUAGAGAUGCCUAGUAAUGUUUGAUAGUGGCCUUCUAGAUUUUGAGUGGAUGAAAAAAAAAAGAUCAGGAAUUGGGCUGUACUUCGUAGCUUUCGUUUCUGGGGAAAAAAACAGAGAUUUCAAACUACAACAGCAAACUGAUGACACCACAGUGUCCUUACUACAAUUCAGAAUGGAAUGGUAGUUGUGUGUAAAGUAAAAUCUAUUUUUUCAUUUAUUUAUACGAGAUGUUCAAAGCGGUUUGUGAAAGGAGACUGUCAGAAAGUCCAAAAUUUUGGGAUGGCACAAGGAGCUAGUCACAGGCUAGUGUAGAAAUGUUUAAUUGACAAGAAGGGAGGGCUUAAGAUCACGUGACGGACAACGAUGGCGUGAGGAGUUUUAUUUGAUUGGCUGUGCUUUUCAACCCUUUCUGAUUUGUCAGAUCAUCUCAUAUGCGCUAUUGCGUGUAUGAUCAAAGUGCAACAAGAACAUUUUUAAACUGAUAUUUACUACAGAAGGGCAAUUAAGAUUAUUAGUUAACCAAUACUGUACUACAUACAGUGUGGAUGUCGGAUUAAUUUCGCUCGACUAAGAACCUUCAGCAAAUCACUCUUGCGGUGAGAAGGUAUCUAGUCUUUUACUUCUUGCCCUUCUGAACUGUCUCGUUCCUCAGUGGAUGUGCUUACGACUAAGUAUAUUUUAUCAUCUUGAUAUUAAAUGUUACUUCAGUAGAGGUCAUUACUAAAUUUUGAAGCGAACAUAAAGGUGGGGGAAAUUAAUCGCUUGUCGUAGAGUACCUUGCGAUUCCUGGUAUUUGAAACAAGCGAAAUCAUUUCUCAACCACCAUUAUGACAUCAGAACCGUAAACGAAUUUUGUUUUCAAACUCUUGUAUAUUCUGAAAGAAUAAAAUCAGGUUUAUUGCUCAAUGGAGUUCGAUUUCAGCCUCAACGGACCUUAUACGUGCUCAUUUCUUUUUUUACUGUGCGUUAGCCCUCGGAAAUGAGUGAAAUACGGCGAUACCAAAAAGUCGAUUUAGUCACGUUCCAAGCCUCGGUGACCCUGGCUUUGAUGCAUUUCGCCUAAUACUUAUGGAAAAGUGUCAGAAUAAAAUGUAGCACUUAAAUCAGCUAUCUUAUAGUCUUAAAUUGUGGUUCAUUUAGCAUCAAAAUUAUUGUAGUGUUGGAGACAUUUGCUUAGUUGCCAGAGAGGAAGUUAUGCAGUUUGCUCCAAAGAUGACGUAAUCCCACUGAUUUGGAGUAUAUCACUUGGGGCAGGCUGUAUUUUUGUUUGUUAUGUAUUUUUAAGAGCCAUUAUUAAAGGUAUCAUAUAAUUAUGCUUGAAACAAAGGUGCAAAUGUCUGACUUUUUAUCUCCAAGGAGGAGUGACAGAUGAGAUCAAUCAAUAUAGUGUUUAAUUUGACGAUCGAAAUCGUUCAGAGUAUUUUUCUUAUUCAGGUUUAUUAAUGGAUCUAUAUCACUCGCUCUUCCAUCAUGAAAAGUCCAAUUUUCCAAGGACAGUUAACAGGAUAUAACAUGUGAUUGAAAUAUCUUUAAUGAUUCAUUAUGUAUAUUAUGAUUGUGUACAGUUUGGUAGAUUGCUAAAACAGCAAAUCGAAGCCUUCAUUUUGAAGCCACUAACAGACUGAAUAUUUAAGGGCACACUUCACAGCUGUCUAAAACUGAAAUCAAAGAGAACGUAUAAAGAUAGUCUAAACAAAGAGAAACCAAACUGUCCUGCGAACAUCCAAACGUACUUGCGUCAUUCAAAGAAAAUAUAGGACCACUGCGGUGGCCUGCAAGAAUCGCUAGUUGCAGGGUAAAUUCUGUCCUAAAAAGUUUCGUAACUACUCGUCGUUGGAAAUACGAACAGUGUCUUUCUUUUCGAUUCCAGGAAGUCGAUUUUAUUUUAAUGAACACGGA